AAUUCGAAAAGGAGCGCUCGGUCGGGCGGUGGCUCAGAGAGAUCCGAGGGGAUCGGAGGCACGGCUUUCCUUGCUUCGCUUUCUGCUGUGCAAGGUUUGGAUUCGUUGUUCUCUUCUGCUAUACUCGGUAGACGAAGAUAAGAUGGCUGGUUAUCGGGCGGAGGACGAUUACGACUACCUGUUCAAAGUGGUGCUGAUCGGCGAUUCCGGGGUGGGCAAGUCGAAUCUCCUCUCGAGGUUCACGAGGAACGAGUUCAACCUUGAGUCCAAGUCCACCAUCGGGGUAGAGUUCGCUACCAGGAGUUUGAAUGUUGAUGGCAAGAUCAUCAAGGCUCAAAUAUGGGAUACGGCUGGCCAGGAAAGGUAUCGAGCCAUCACGAGUGCUUAUUAUCGCGGAGCUGUGGGUGCAUUGCUUGUUUAUGAUGUCACCCGUCGAGUUACAUUCGAGAAUGUUGAGCGUUGGCUGAAGGAGCUCAAAGAACACACAGAUCCCAACAUUGUCGUUAUGCUUGUUGGAAACAAGUCCGAUCUUCGCCAUCUUGUAGCUGUUUCAACUGAGCAUGGUAAAGAAUUGGCUGAGAAUGAGUCUCUCUUCUUCAUGGAAACAUCCGCUCUUGAAUCAACCAACGUUGAAAAUGCCUUCUCUGAAGUUUUGACACAGAUCUACCGAAUUGUUAGCAGGAAAGCAGUUGAGACUGGAGAUGAUGCAGCUUCUGCUGUUCCCAGCAAAGGAAGACUGUUUGAUGGGGGCUAUUGGCAUCUCUGUGGUUCUGCUCUGAGUUCCUUUAUUAAUGGCUGAUUUUGUAUUUA